AUGAGAUCGUUUAGUAAUGGAUUAGAAAAACAUCGAAGAGAAAUUAUUAACAUAAGUCAAACAUUUGAUUCGAAUAAUAGAUAUAUACUCUUUAAUUAUAAUCAAUCUGCUUUGGAACCACAAGCUACAGCAUUCUACGAACAUUUUACACAAGAUCAUCUUAAUUCAUUGAAAUCAUCGGGACGAUUUAAUUCAUUACCCAUUGGCAAACAAUCAAUAGUCAAUGAACCUCGAAUAUCAAUACCUGAAGAUCAAAAUAAAUUUAUACAAGAACAAACAUGUUGUAAAGCAUUUCGUUUAUCAAAUAUAUGGCUGUUUAUUAUUAUUAUAGCACCAGUGAGUUGUAUUGUUAUUGGAUUUCUUUAUCGUAAUAAAUGUCCACUAGAAAAAUGGAUACCAUUGUGGCAAAUUGUAAAUGGUAUUGUGACACUUUUUUUUCUAAUUUUAAUAUUUAUAACAAGACAAAUAUCAACAAUCAUCGUAGUAUCGACAGAUGUUCUGUCACAAGAUGAUGAACUAAAUAAUGGAACGAUUAACAAUUUAUAUAAUACAAAUACAACAUUUGAGAAAUCGAGUAUGUUUAAAAUAAAUAAUGGGUUUCUUAAUAGUAUAAGAAAUAAAUUACGAAAUAUGAAGCGUCAAAAUACAAUUAUAUUUAUUACCGAUCAAAUUAAAAUUUUUAUUAUUUUAUUCUUACUCGCUUGGUUUAUCUGCGGAAGUGAUCUUUGUUUUCUAACACAAACUUCAAAUGGAAAACAAGAUAAACCAUAUCUGUGA